AUAUUUUAUUUUUCAGAAAUCAAAUAAAAGAUUUUUCAUAUUUGUGAAAGUAAUUGCAAGGCAGGAGUCAUCCAAUACUAUUAGUUUGUUUUAAGGUGAAAAUGAUUUCCCGUGUACACCACUUGAAAAAUAUAAUAAAGAAUGUAGAGAAAAAUAUUCUUCAAAUAUUUGGAUUACCACCGAGAGAGUUAGCUUUGGCAUAUACUUAUGAAAAAAGAUUACCAGAACCUAAGAAGUUUUCCAUAAAAGAUAUUGUUGGAGAUGGGAUUCUAUUAGCAGUGCCUAAAUUUAGAAGAACAGUGGAAAAAAGGUUGAAGAGAAAAUUUGGCAGUCCAGAGUAUACAUGGAAAAUGCUGGUACCUAAAACAAACAUCAUUGUGUGUAACAGCUGCGGACAUUACCAUGAGCGAGGCCAUCUAUGUGCUCACUGUUAUAAAAAAGUGGAAGCAGAAACAAAGGAAAUUCAAGAUAAAAUACAGCAGAAAUUGGGCAACCAAAAACCAAUUGAAAAUGAUGUGAUUGUAUUAUAUAAUGGAGAAAGUUUACCAGAUCAGCCCAAAGAGUUUUGGCGAGGGAAAAGGAUCAUUGAAAUGAAGAAAGAUAGACCACAAUGGUUUAGUAAAAAUCUUUUGGAGAAAACAACACAGCAACCAUCAGAAUCUAAAGAUGUUAAACCUACAGACUUAGCUUAGCAGUAUAUUCAAAAAGUAGGAAGUAAAAUAUAAAAUAAAAAUUGAUACAGAUUAUAAA